GUUUUACAUUUUCUAAAAACCCAACUGUUUCCAACAGAUGGGCUCUAGGGACAUAAGAAUAAGCUGCAUGAUACGCAUGGAUAAAAAACAUCGAUAGUGCCGAUAUUACCAUCGAAGUUUUCACAGCUCUGCUAAUGCAAAACAUUGGUAUACGCCUUCCAUUUCAUUUUAUAAACAUCUUUUGAUUAUAAGUGGAAGUUGUUCAUAAUUACAUGAUAAAAUGGGUAGAAAUGAUGGUUCUACAGUACAAAAAUUGGAAAAACAUUUGACGUUGUUAAAGGAAGAAUAUUCAAAACAGCAACGCAGCUAUGCUGAAUUGCAGCGAAAGUAUAACGAAAUUACUGCUACAUCAAAAAAUGAAGAAUUAUCAGGAGGACUCAAUAAUUUGUUCUCUCGACUUUCAAAGACAGUUGCAUUAUUAUUUGGUAGUCAUACUUAUGCUGACAUUAAUAUCCGAACGCAUUCAAAAGUAUUUCCGGCACAUAAGAUCGUCCUUCAUGCCCGCUCCGAAAAAUGGGGAGAUGGUGAUUUGGGCAGCAAACAAGAACUGGACUGGAGUGAUUUUAAUGAAGAUGCUGUUUUUGCACUUUUGCGUUGGAUUUACACAGAUCUAAUUGACUUGCAGCAUGACGGGCUAGCACUGGAUCUUCUCCGCGCUGCACACCGAUUUGGUUUGCCAUCUCUUUUAGAAAUGUGUGAAACGGCAUUAGUUGCUUCGGUUGGAGUAAGGUCUUGUAUAAAAUUUUAUUGUGUUGCCGAUGAAGUAGGUGCACUAACACUGCUACAAUAUUGCUCCGAAAUAAUAUCAACACACUGGGAUGACCUUGCUAGACAAGACUUUGAAUACAUGUCCGGACCUUUGUUGUUUAAAAUGCUUAAGAACAAAACAAAAUAUCCACUUCAUUCUGCUGUAAGACUUUUAAGAGAAGACGUCGUGUACCUGUGCAUUCAAGAAAAUAGCGACGCACUCCCACAACUAGUUAAUAGUUUUUCUGAAAAUGGUUUUUUGCCUCUUCAGAUGGCUUUAUCAGCAAAAAGUUACAAAAUCGCGCAGACUCUGGUAAAAAACGGAAUGGCAAAUAUAAAUGCUGUUGAUAUAGAGGGAUUACCACUCCUAAUUGCUGCUUUAAAAAAUAAUGACGUUUUUUCAGCACAUUUUCUUUUGGAUCAAAAUUGCCUUGUAGACCUUUCAUCUAAAACAUCAUCGGAUACUGCAUUACACGUUAUUUGUAACUAUAAGGAAUUUAAAAAUAGUUCUAACAAUGCCGCAGAUAUAUUAAAUAUUGGGAUAAAGAUUUUAGAAAAAAAUCCUAACGUAAACAUAAAAAACCUUAAAGGAGAAACGCCUUUGCAUAUAGCAAUUAUCAGACAAAAUUUACAAAUGGUGGAUCUUUUGCUUAAAGUGCCAAAUAUUGAUAUUAACUUGCGCACUUUUGACGAAAAGAGUGCUUUGGAGCUUUGUCUAUCAUUGGAUGAUCAAGACUUUAAGACGGCGUCAAUGCUAAUUAAUAUGGGUGCACAACCAAAUGCCAUAAAGACAAAAACGGGUGACAGCCUAUUACAGGUUUUUGCAAUGGACGGAUAUCGUGGGGAGAAGGCCGCAAUUUUUUUGGCAGAUUAUACCAAUCUCGAUCAUUUUAAUUUACGUGGGCUAACAGCAUUACAUAUUGCAUCUUUGAAUAACUUGCCAAACCUAGUAAAAAAGUUGGUUGUUAAUGGUGCUUCGUGCAAUUUACAAUCCAUUGACGCCGGUUUAAAGUCAGCUUUGCACAUUGCAGUUGAAGCUAAUGCUGUUGAAGCCUUAGAAGCUUUUGUUCACUUAAAAAACAAUCUGAGCUAUGUUAUUGAUUUCAAUUCUAAAGAUAUAAAUGGAGACUCCCCGCUAAGCUUGGCUCUCAAUAAAACUAGCCUGGUUCCAAUUCUUAUAAGAGGCGGUUCAGAUGUUAACGCGAAGAAUAAAAAUAAUUUGACACUGUUGCACCAAUCAAUAAAGAAUAGAGAUAGUGACACAUGCUUAUUUUUACUAGAGCAGGGAGCAGACUUUACUGCUGUUACAGAUGAUCAGGAUUCUGUUUUGGACUUAUCCAUCAAAUACGAUCUUCCUAGAGUUGUAGAUGCUCUUUGCACAAGAGGAGUCGCACUAGCAUCUGAGAAAAGUGGAGUCUCACCAUUAUGGACUGCUUUAGAAUUGGGAUUUGAAGAUGUGGCUAAUAUACUUGUUCAACACGGUGUUGAUACUGACAGUUGGGAUAAAGGACCAGAGGAAUGCCAACAAACGCUUUUACAUCGUGCUAUAGACGAAAGCAAAGAAUCAAUAGCUAUAUUUCUAAUUCAAAACCAAUGCGAUUUAGAUUCUUCACGUCAGCUAGGUCCCAAUGGGGAGGGUGGCCAUGAAGCCCAGCAAAAGGCAUCACCGUUGCACUUAUGUUGUCAAUGUGGCUUGACCAAAGUCCUCCAGACUUUAAUUGAUCAUGGUGCUAAUGUUAACGUUGUAGACUCUAAAAACAAAUCACCACUCCAUAUAGCUAUUGAAAACCAACAUGAAGAGAUUAUAUCGAUUCUUCUUUGUCACCCUGAUAUAGACUUAAAACUACGUGAUAUGUCUGGAAACACGCCGUUUGCAGCCGCUUUGAGCAUUCGUAACGACAAGGCCGCUCAACGCAUUUUAGUUAGAUUCCCCACAGCAGCAGAGCAAAUGGACUCGCGCGGUCGAAGCUUUUUGCAUUUGGCAAUUAUGAAAGACGAUUUGGAAAGUGUUUUGUUUUUGCUAGCUAUUCAGGUAGAUGUCAACUCGCGGGUACAUGACGUCAAUCAGUCUACGCCCUUACAUCUGGCAGCAGCAUCUCAUAAUGAAAUGAUUACCAGAAAUCUUAUUUUAGCCGGAGCCCGUAUGAAUGAGCGGGAUGCCGUCCAAAAACUGCCUCUUCAUAUUGCCAUUGAACGCGGGAAUCUACCUGCGGUUUCUGCUUUGAUUCAAAACAAUGCCGACUUUGACGCAACGGAUGCUGACGGCAAUAAUGCUUUACACAUUGCAGUACGAUAUAGCCAGUUGUUUAUUGUACGUGAAUUAUUAACUGAAUCUAGAGUGAAUGCAGAAGCAACAAAUUUAAAAGGUCGAAAUCCUAUGCACGAAUUGUGUCGGAUUGUGGAGGAUAAUACGGCAGCACUUAUUUGUGAGUUAUUUCUUGAGUGUAUGCCAAAAUAUCCAAUUAACAUGCCCGAUAUGGAUGGUAAUACUCCUCUUUUGCUUUCAUUUAUGAGAGGGCAAUCCCCUCUUUGUAAAAUACUGGUCAAGGCAGGGGCUUGCCUUGGCACUGAAAACAGAGAAGGAAUGAAUAUUUUUAAUUUCAAGCUAGCCACGGAUCAAUUACUUCACAAAUUAUUGGACCUUUUACCACAGGAAUCACCGUGGGCAGAAUGUGACUUAUGCCAGGAGUGUACCACUAGGUUUACUCUUACGAUGAGAAAACACCAUUGCCGACAUUGUGGACGCGUGCUUUGCUCCAAAUGUUCCAGUAACGAUGUACCUAUUAUAAAAUUCGGAAUUAACAAACCUGUUCGAGUUUGUGGUGUUUGCUUCAAUGUCCUGCAAUGCGGAAACGGAUUAAUUUCAUAGUUUACCUAUAAAAAAUUUAUCAUUUAUGUGUAUAUAAUUUUAUGCAAUUAUGCUGUUGAAAUAAGUUUUUAAAAAUUAUUACGACAAAAAUUAUUACAUUUACACAAAUUUACAA